AUGCGAACCGUCCGACGAAACCAAUUUAAACCGCGAAGCAAGCAAGCUUCUUCAAUCUUCGAUCGUCCUCGUUUCGUGUGGGAUUUUCUUCCUUCUCAAAAGAGAAUGGCUACAGCUUUGUAUCCGCCUCCUCCUCCAUUUUACAGACUCUACAAGGAUUACUCAGAAAACCCUACUUCUGCUCCGGAACCUCCGCCUCCGAUUGAAGGAGCCUACGUUUGUUUCGGAGGAAAUUAUACAACUGAGGAUGUUCUUCCGAGCUUAGAAGAACAAGGAGUGCCUCAACUUUAUCCCAAAGAUUCAAAUGUUGAUUACAAGAAGGAACUCAGGUCGCUGAAUAGAGAGCUGCAGUUACAUAUUUUGGAGCUUGCUGAUGUUCUUGUUGAAAGGCCUUCUCAGUAUGCAAAGAGAAUCGGUGAUAUAUCUUCAAUCUUCAAGAAUUUGCAUCACCUUCUCAAUUCCUUGAGGCCUCACCAAGCCAGAGCAACGCUUAUUCACAUUAUGGAACUUCAGAUUCAACAGCGAAAGCAAGCUGUGGAGGACAUUAAGAGGAGGAGGGAAGAAGCACAGCGACUCCUAAAAGAUGCUUUCGUCACUUUAGAUGGACAUUAG